AUGGCGCCCUCAAAGCAAGCACCGGGCCCCAUCUAUGCUAAGGACGAGAAGGUCCUCUGCUUCCACGGGGACCUGAUGUACGAGGCCAAGAUCACAGAUAUCCGCAGUGCCGCAGACCCCGCCAACACCAACGUCGCGACCAUCAAGGCCGACGACGCCCAGUACAAGGUCCACUACAAGGGCUGGAAGUCCUCGUGGGACGACUGGGUCCUCCAGGACAGAAUUCGUAAGUUCACCGACGACAACAAGGCCCUGGCCACCCAGCUGCAGCAGGCCGCCCGCCUCCGGACGGCCGGUGGCAGCAAGAGUGCGAAGAAGGCCAUCGGCAAGGCCGUCGGCGGUGGCGACAGCGAGAUGAGCUCCGCGCGAGGCAGUGAGGAGCGUGCUGCUAUGAACAGCUACGCCGGUAGAGGUCCGCGAAGAGGUAGAGAUUAUGAGCUCGAGAGUGGGUUGCCGGACGCUGCGCACCACAUCAUCCUCAACAAAUUCACAAAGAAACCCCCUCGCUACUUGAUUUACGUCGAACAGCGCAGCGGUCAUUCUGGUACGCAGGUCGAACACCGUUGCCGCAGCGGCCAUCAAAACCCCACGACAACAUUGAGUGUUCUCACCUUUGAUCAACUCCCCAACUUCCCCCACCGAACCUCAGGCUUGUGA